AUGGAAAACUGGAGAGAAGAAAUUAGCAAAUUAAUAGAUUAUAGAAAUCAGCUCCAAAGACCAGAUAUUCUUGCUCUUUAUGACUCCUAUCUGGAACUAUUAAAUAUAUUUAAAAGUAAUUUAGUUGAUAAAAAAAUAUAUUUGGAAGUGAAUGGGAAAAGAAACCAUAAUCUUCAUAGUCUUCAGGUAAAGCUCUCUGAACUACAAGAUAAAUUGAUCGAAUCUUACAAAAAUAAAACAGAAUCAGAUGAUUCAAUAGAGUCACUAAGAAUAAAAAUCAAGAAACUUACUGAAUUAGUAAAUGAGAAGGAAUCAAAAAUUCAAAAUAUGCAUAAAACUAUCUAUCAACUGCAACAACAGAUAGAAAGUCUGAAUAAACAGAAUAACUAUACAGACAAGAUUCCAAAGAAGUAA